UGUUUCGCUCGCAAAAAAACAGUUUAAUUGUUCGACUUUCAGUGAUCAACAUGCGUGUUUACUUUGUGGCUUUUGCAGUGGCUCUGCUGGGAGUGGUUGGUGCCAGUUCUCUGUCCAGGACCUAUUUGCCACCUCAAGUGCAGGUGCAGCAACCCCAUGUGAUCUCUGUUCCCAGAGUUAAGCAGCAGAUCAUCCACCGCCCGGUGGUGCAGCCACAAAACACCUAUCUGCCCCCAGCCCACAGGGUGGUGCCUCAAGUGAUUCAUCGUUCUGCCCCUCAACUUCUGACCAUUGCUCGUCCUGUUCCAGUUUCUGUGCCCCGUAACACCUACCUGCCGCCAUCCCAAGUGAUUUCUCGCCCAGUUCCACAAGUGAUCUCCGUGGCUGCCCCACGUAAUACCUAUCUGCCACCCCGCAACACCUAUCUGCCACCCCAGUAAGAUGCAUCAUCAACAUCAACAUCAUCCUAAU